AUGGAGAUUGAGAGCUUGGAGCAUAACCCGGUGCCCGAAUGGGUGGCGGGCAUGGUUGGUGUCCUGUCUGGUCUGCUGGUGCUGCUGGUUAUCUUCCUCACCACCAACACAGCCGAGCCAACCAAGGAGGAAGCCGCCAACCAGCGGAGCUUCCGCGCUGGGCUGUUGCGGAGCCUCUUCGGCGGGCGACUGGCGCUGGCCGUGGUGGCCUCCUUCGUGCUGUGGCUCCUCCUGACGCUGGCGAUCAUGGUGCCCUUCUUCUGGUUUUCCCCGGAAGCCCCGCCCAAGCCAGGCUUGAAUUUGACCGCCUCCAUCAACUUUUGCGAGGGCCCAGACUUUGUGCACUCCGAGCUGCUGGCAGAACCGGUGAAUGUGGUGACUUCAUUCCUCUUCUACUUGCCUGUGGGGUUGGUGGGCCUUCUUGGGCCCAAGGAAGGCCGCAGAGAGCUGCGCUUCGCGCUGAGCUAUGGCUCCAUCGGCCUGAUCGGAUUUGGCUCUGGAGCGCUGCACGCAUCUUUGGAUGCAGUGGCGCAAGCGGGAGACGAAUUGCCCAUGCUGCAGCUACUAUGCUGUGCUUCUGUUGUGUGGAUACCUUCCUCACCAAGGAAGGCAUGCAGCAAACUUCCUCCUGGCUGCCUUGGCUGA